AUGUCUGAAUCUAUACCGUUGGCACGUGUACGGUCCCCAAUAUCGCGCUCGCAUCACUCUCCAAUGAACACACCAGCUCUCGAGUUAGAAGACUUGCCACCAAGCACUUCCCUUGACAGUAUCGACGAUGAGCAUGUCAAGCAAAUACGCCCUCUCUGGAAGCGCAAUCUGUACAUGCUCCUGGAACGGCCCACAUCGUCUCAAUCUGCAUUUCUUGUGCACGUCGUCACGACUUCGCUGAUAAUACUCUCUGCUAUCGUUACUGUUCUCGAGACGAUCCCUUCGUUCCAUUCCAUCUCUCCAAGGAUCUGGUUCGGUUUCGAGACGACCCUUGUCGUUCUUUUUACUGCGGAAUAUGUUGCCAGGUGCAUCGCGCACUCCACGGGGCUGUGGACGUUCUUGCGUUGGUUUGGUUCCUUCUUUGGUAUAAUUGACUUGCUAGGUAUAUUGCCAUACUACAUAGAAAUAGCACUACAGCAGGACACAGCAACGUUUUUCAGGUUCACGAUUCUGCGCACGUUCCGUCUCUUGCGGGUUUUCAGGCCAUUUAGAUAUAAUAAUACCAUUCUUUUGACCAUAGAAGUCAUGUACUUGUCUUUCAGACGCUCACAGCAUGCAUUAUUAGCUCUUGGUUUCUUCGUCGGGAUGGUUUUGAUCGUAUUUAGUACACUCUUGUAUUUCGCCGAACGCGGCACAUGGGACGAGAUGCUUGGGACGUUUAUCAAUUCUGACGGGGACCCCAGCCAAUUUGCAGUAGCAAUCACCACUGUCGGAUAUGGCGAGAUCACGCCUCGCUCGUUCCUCGGAAGGCUCAUAACGCUACCCUUACUCGUCUUCGGCUUGUUGCUUAUCGCUCUUCCGACAUUUGUGUUGGGCCGUGAGUUCAGUAUGGUAUGGGAGAUGAUGAAGGAGGAUCAGGUCAGCCCAACCACUAUCAUGCUCACAUUUCUCGCUCAUCCUCUGCACAGAAAAUCCCUCGAGAGGAAAUCUUCAACGCCCAUGCAGCCGACCCUCUCGCCUCGCCCGUGCUCGUCCGCCAGCACUCUUUUACCUCCAUCCAAUCAGCCGCAGGUAAGCACUGGUGCUCAGGAGAGCUCAGACCUUCGUGCGCAGAUGGCGGAGCUGAAGGCGACGGUUGAGACUCAGGACCGUGCGAAUCAGCCGGCUCGGCGGCAUAUGGAGCUCGUUCCAUCCGUCAGCAGGAGUAGCGGACUCGACAAGGACGGCGAUGCGCUGAGAGACUUUACCUUGCAAGAGGAAUAUCGUGAGUUCAUCCAGGGGAAGCUACGAGAAGGCCUCUUGUCAACCAACCGCAAAGACGCGUUUGCAUUGGAGGUAUAUGAGACGUCCCUUUACCUCUCGGUACUCUUCCGCUCCUUCAACCAAACCACCUCAAUUAUAUCGCACCUCCUCCCGCACCUUUACAUCACACCCUCUGCACCAUCUCCUUCACCUCUUCAACCUCACCGUGCCCUCGGGACGGCUCUGCUGUCGCUCCUGCACUACCUCGUGCUAGGCUACCCUUCCCAAAGCCGCUACUAUGAGCACCUCCAUUCGCUACCUCGCUCCUUCCUCCUGCGCGACUCCGAUGCAUAUCAAUGGUUGAGCGACCUAGCGCGAUGUCUAUGGACCAGGGACUACACGAGGCUAGAGGCAUUGACGCGUCGCGAAGCGUUCAAGCCCUUUGUCGGAUCAGAGGCGGAUCAGAUUCCUGCACCGCAAGAUGCAGCACCAAAGUCGAAGGGGGCGGAGAGAGAAAUCAAGCAACGGUCGGCAAAGCAGUCCGGAGCUCCUUCAAACCUCGCGCUUGAAGCACUUUGCACGCUCAUAGACUCUCUCCGAGCAAAAGCUCGCGAAACAACCUGGCGCGUGCUUCGGAGUGCCUACCGGGAGCUCCAUUGUCUUCCACCCAAUAGCACUUCCAAAGGACCAUCGAGUACCAGCGAGUGGCUCGCACAUUCCCUCACGUUGGCAUCCAUUUGGGAUGACGAUGCAAUUGCUGAUGAUAAUUACGUGGCGAAGCUGGUGGACGAGUGGCUCACUCGCAAAUGUGCGGAAGGUGAAAUCAGGCAGAAAGAGGGCGUAGAGGGGAGGUGGACUGUGUGCAGGAUGCCAAACAAGACGUGA